CAGAGCGUCCUCGCGCCUCUACUGGGUUCUCCGACGCCGCCUCAGCUCCUCGCGCCCUCUCAGAGUAGAAGGGUCAUACGGCGGUACCAUGGCUCCCACCCCGUUCGGUGGCACCUUGACUACCGUGGGAGAGUUACUCGGGCGUGGUGAAAGCCUCCAGACCACCGGGGCCGUGAAACUGGGCACCGUGAGGCCCCCCAUCAUGCCGCUGCGGCCUCUCUUGUUCAGCCCCUCGGACAUCUUGGGCUCGAAGCCGUCCGGCCUCGACCCCCUGAGCGCCUUCCUCCCCACCGAGGUUGAGAUGACGAUCCCCGGUCUGAGGUGCUUGUUCGUCUUCGCCUACUUCUCCAUCAUCCUCAUGUCCAUGCUGGGAAACACUCUGGUCUGCAGCGUCCUCCUGAAAAGUAAGCGGAUCCACUCGGCCACCGGCGUCUUCAUCGCCAACCUGGCCUUGGCCGGCAUCAUGAUCACUUUGCUGAAUACGCCCUUCACUUUGGUAAGUUUCUUCAGCAGCACCUGGCUGUUUGGAUACAUGAUGUGUUACCUGAGUCGCUUUAUCCAAUACUGUUCCGGCCAUGUUUUCGCGCUGACUCUAAUGGCCCUCACGCUGGAUCGUUACAAGGUAAUCCUGAAGCCUGACAAGCCACGGACAACUGCUUUGAAGGGUAGUAUCUGGGUCAUCAUCAUCUGGAUCCUGGCCAGCUGUUUUUCCUUACCACAUACUUUGUACCAGAGAUUGCCUCAGUUUGAUGCUAUGAACCAGACCAACAGGAUGAUCUGCCUUCCCAGCAUCCCUCACCCUUCAGAUGUUAUCAGGAAGUACCUGCAAAUGGUUAACUUCCUUUUCCUGUAUAUCCUGCCCCUGCUGGUGAUUUCACUCACCUACUCAAUGAUAGGCAAGAAGCUGUGGCUGCAGAAUUCCAUCCAAGAUGCUACCUCGGAAUACUCCGCCAGUCGCCAACCAAAGAAGAUAAUGACCCUGAAGAUGCUGAUCGUGGUGGUGGUAGUCUUCACCAUCUGUUGGCUCCCCCUCCAUUUCUAUGAGUUGCUCCUGUCUAUGAAUGUCAUCUCUAGUCGGGAGGAUAUGUAUUUCGCUUUCCACUGGUUUGCCAUGAGCAACGCUUGCUAUAACCCCUUUAUCUAUUGUUGGGUCAACAGAAAUUUCCGUAAUCAGCUCAAGAGGUCUGUGCGUUCUUGGUGGCAGCAUCUGAUGGGUCGUGAGCAGGAUCAGUCAUCCACUCUCUCGGCCACCUCUCGGCACACCUUGGGGGAAUGUUCCCCUUUUUGGAAUACCGGUUCGGGGGAUAGUGUAAUCAAUGAGAAUGCCUUCCAGCAUUGUAGCCAGACAGAUUUAUCUAGUAUCCAUCCCAUCGUAGAAAUGACUUGAGCCGCUGGGGCUCCGAUGACCAAGCUAUCCAGGCAAAAUAGGCCACAGGUUGGCCCAGAGUGGAUUAAUUUGACCCAUUCCUGGCUUGGAACACAUAGCUUAGGUCAUCCUGGGGUGGAAGGGGCCUAUCUGUACCUCCCCCCUUUCACGGUUCUCUUCUUUCUAUUUCUUUUCUUGUGGUUAAUCAAAAUGGCCCAUAGUAUAGGUUCUGUCCUUCACUUAAAGGGGCAGUACACUUAGUCUUCUGAUGUCCAUUUCUCAUAGUUACCAUCAUAAGCUCAUCUAGAUCAGUCUGUCCAGUGUCCUGGACCUUGUAGCCAUAGUUCCCCUGGUGCUUAAAGAUUCUCUUUUGUGGUUGUCUUAUAUCCAAACCCUGUAAGUUGAGAAAAAGUAUUCUCUGAGAAAUUCCAGAAGACUUGUUUUUGAAAUGUUCAAUAAAUACCUGUUGACACA